AUGGAGAAUGUGGGGAGGGAAGAAGAGCAGGUCAGCUUAGUCAGCCAGCUGCGUCACAGGGAACAAGCAGUCCAGCUGCGUCACAGGGAACAAGCAGUCCAGCUGCGUCACAGGGAACAAGCAGUCCAGCUGCGUCACAGGGAACAAGCAGGCCAGCUGCGUCACAGGGAACAAGCAGGCCAGCUGCGUCACAGGGAACAAGCAGUCCAGCUGCGUCACAGGGAACAAGCAGGCCAGCUGCGUCACAGGGAACAAGCAGUCCAGCUGCAUCACAGGGAACAAGCAGUCCAGCUGCGUCACGAGGAACAAGCAGGCCAGCUGCGUCACGAGGAACAAGCAGUCCAGCUGCGUCACGAGGAACAAGCAGUCCAGCUGCGUCACGAGGAACAAGCGGUCCAGCUGCGUCACGAGGAACAAGCAGUCCAGCUGCGUCACGAGGAACAAGCGGUCCAGCUGCGUCACGAGGAACAAGCGGUCCAGCUGCGUCACGAGGAACAAGCGGUCCAGCUGCGUCACGAGGAACAAGCGGUCCAGCUGCGUCACGAGGAACAAGCGGUCCAGCUGCGUCACGAGGAACAAGCGGUCCAGCUGCGUCACGAGGAACAAGCGGUCCAGCUGCGUCACGAGGAACAAGCGGUCCAGCUGCGUCACGAGGAACAAGCGGUCCAGCUGCGUCACGAGGAACAAGCGGUCCAGCUGCGUCACGAGGAACAAGCGGUCCAGCUGCGUCACGAGGAACAAGCGGUCCAGCUGCGUCACGAGGAACAAGCGGUCCAGCUGCGUCACGAGGAACAAGCGGUCCAGCUGCGUCACGAGGAGCAAGCGGUCCAGCUGCGUCACGAGGAGCAAGCGGUCCAGCUGCGUCACGAGGAGCAAGCGGUCCAGCUGCGUCACGAGGAGCAAGCGGUCCAGCUGCGUCACGAGGAGCAAGCGGUCCAGCUGCGUCACGAGGAGCAAGCGGUCCAGCUGCGUCACGAGGAGCAAGCGGUCCAGCUGCGUCACGAGGAGCAAGCGGUCCAGCUGCGUCACGAGGAGCAAGCGGUCCAGCUGCGUCACGAGGAGCAAGCGGUCCAGCUGCGUCACGAGGAGCAAGCGGUCCAGCUGCGUCACGAGGAGCAAGCGGUCCAGCUGCGUCACGAGGAGCAAGCGGUCCAGCUGCGUCACGAGGAGCAAGCGGUCCAGCUGCGUCACGAGGAGCAAGCGGUCCAGCUGCGUCACGAGGAGCAAGCGGUCCAGCUGCGUCACGAGGAGCAAGCGGUCCAGCUGCGUCACGAGGAGCAAGCGGUCCAGCUGCGUCACGAGGAGCAAGCGGUCCAGCUGCGUCACGAGGAGCAAGCGGUCCAGCUGCGUCACGAGGAGCAAGCGGUCCAGCUGCGUCACGAGGAGCUAGCGGUCCAGCUGCGUCACGAGGAGCUAGCGGUCCAGCUGCGUCACGAGGAGCAAGCGGUCCAGCUGCGUCACGAGGAGCAAGCGGUCCAGCUGCGUCACGAGGAGCAAGCGGUCCAGCGGCGUCACGAGGAGCAAGCGGUCCAGCGGCGUCACGAGGAGCAAGCGGUCCAGCGGCGUCACGAGGAGCAAGCGGUCCAGCGGCGUCACGAGGAGCAAGCGGUCCAGCGGCGUCACGAGGAGCAAGCGGUCCAGCGGCGUCACGAGGAGCAAGCGGUCCAGCGGCGUCACGAGGAGCAAGCGGUCCAGCGGCGUCACGAGGAGCAAGCGGUCCAGCGGCGUCACGAGGAGCAAGCGGUCCAGCGGCGUCACGAGGAGCAAGCGGUCCAGCGGCGUCACGAGGAGCAAGCGGUCCAGCGGCGUCACGAGGAGCAAGCGGUCCAGCGGCGUCACGAGGAGCAAGCGGUCCAGCGGCGUCACGAGGAGCAAGCGGUCCAGCGGCGUCACGAGGAGCAAGCGGUCCAGCGGCGUCACGAGGAGCAAGCGGUCCAGCGGCGUCACGAGGAGCAAGCGGUCCAGCGGCGUCACGAGGAGCAAGCGGUCCAGCGGCGUCACGAGGAGCAAGCGGUCCAGCGGCGUCACGAGGAGCAAGCGGUCCAGCUGCGUCACGAGGAGCAAGCGGUCCAGCUGCGUCACGAGGAGCAAGCGGUCCAGCUGCGUCACGAGGCGCAAGCGGUCCAGCUGCGUCACGAGGAGCAAGCGGUCCAGCUGCGUCACGAGGAGCAAGCGGUCCAGCUGCGUCACGAGGCGCAAGCGGUCCAGCUGCGUCACGAGGCGCAAGCGGUCCAGCUGCGUCACGAGGCGCAAGCGGUCCAGCUGCGUCACGAGGAGCAAGGUGUAGUGUCCCCUUCACCGCCUUUAAGUUAUCUCUGGCCUGAAGAGACUGGCGGGAUUCCAUCCCUCUUCGGUGUUUCCCGGUAG